UGUUAGUGUUCUUCACCAAACUGAGCAGUUAUAACAUGAGCUGGCAAGGACUUCUUGGAAUUUUCCUACUGUUCAAUCAGUCGAUCAAAUCUGAACAAUUCACUCUAAGCAAUGACUCAACCCGAUGGCCUUUAUCAUCUUGCGAUCUUGCGGAACCAAGGCUAGUGUACAAGAAUACACAAUUUGAGGUGGCUGAAGACAUUGAUGCUAUAUCAAACAAUUCGGAGGCUUGGAUAGGAUUCAUGUCAGUGAAAAUUCCAUAUUUAUUUCACGGUUGUGCACAAGUGCAAAACACGGCGCAAAAAACGUACAGCGUCACAAGAAUUGGCUUCUGCCAGACUCUGUGUGGACAUAACAGUCCCUUUGGAAUAAAGGCGCCCAAUGGCUUAGAUAUCUUAUACCCUGCAUGGCUUAUGGGCUGUAUUUGUUUCAAUACAUCUGUACCUGAAAUCCCACUUGAACAUUUCGACAACGACCAAAAUAAUCUUUGUGAAAAAGACUGGUAUGCCAUCUUUACUCAAAUCAGUGUAAACGAUUCAAGGUUCAUCAGUGGUACGUUAAACACUGGUGAUUGCCUUACGUUUACGAACACGGGAUUCCAAUGGAACUCAUGUACAAGAGAAAAAAAUCUUAAAGUAAUAUGUAGCAACAAGCCUCCAGCAGAUCCUUCAGCAAGAGCAUCCAUAUCAGCGAAACAUAGUAGCACUUGGAAUCAAGGAAAUUCAAUGUGUUUAAAGGAACACGUGUAUCCAGCUUCCAUCUCAAGUAUUCUCUUAUCUGGGCUUAAAGCAGGUCAACGGCGGGAACAUUGGACGGGGAUACUUAAAGGAGCUACAUUGCUUAAUAAGGCAGGAUUUUCCCGGUUCGGACCCACACAAUAUUCGGAUGUGGAGUACGCUUUCUUACAAGGAAGUAAUAAGAACAUCAAUUUUGCAAACACUGGAACAAAACAGGCCUUGUGUUGCAAAGCAACUGGUCACGACGUUAUACGAUACGGCGAAGAAGAGUCGUUGGUUCCAAACUACGAUCCGACGACAUCUAGCACACCCCUUACAACAUCAGCGGGUACCUCAGAGUUUGUAACGUCAAUGGCCAAAGUAGAGGACAAUACAUCGUCGGUUAUUAUAACGGUUGCAUCAACUCUUGGCUCAUGUCUGGUGGUACUUGUCGUGAUCGUCACUUGUUUGUGCCUCAGGAGGAAACAAGGGAACAACACUCGAACUACGUUUCAACAGAACGAACAUGUACAUCAAUCGAAUGUUCCGCAGGGUCAUGACGACAACAUCGAUAAUAAUGAUGUCAUCCCCGACGAUAUAACAGAGCGUGAGGCAACGCCGUACACCUCACUCCAGAUGACAGAAAAGCAUCUGUACACUGCCUUGGUGGGACCCAGCUUCAUGUCAACAGAAGCGUCUCAUGUAAUUGGUCGAAUAGCCGAUAGGGACGUUCACGUUGAGACACAGUUUGAAAUGUCCGAACAACAAGAGAACAAUUACGACGAAUCUGAAAAUGACGAUCCAGGGAACACAAACUACGAUGAUGUCGAAGUGUCGGAAAAAGACAUACCCGGGCAGACAAACACCGAAUCCGAGGCCACAACGUCGUAUGCGUUUGUUAAUAAGAGUGCGGGAAACCAGCAGCUCAGAUAGCUCAGUUGUUGUAUCGUCACUGUUGGGUACCGGCGUUAAGAAAAUAGAAACCGCAUCGAAAUAGUCAAUUGCUUUAUCUCAUUUAAUAAUAAUCUUAUUACUACAUUUUGUGAACGCUUUGGCGAUGCGCAUACAGUUUAUUUAAGACUUUGUGUUUAAAUUUGUAUUAUUUGCGACUUCUUUCUACCAGUAAAAUGGCAUAUUUAUUUUUAAAUUAUAAUCAAUAAUAUUUAAUCAAUCUUGUUAACAUAAUUAAAUAAUACAUCGAAACUUUUUUUUGAUUAAGCAUAUGUUUUAUCUUUAUUUUUUCCGAAUGUUUAUGUAGAACAGAAUGACGCGUUUAAUAUAUAUAUAACCGGUUAAAACUCCAAUGCUUUGCAUUAACCAUUCUAAGGCGGUGACCCCAGCUUUAUUAUUCUAUGUGUGUAUGCUAUUUCGUAUUGUGCUGUUUCGUACUGUUCUUGCAAUCGGUCACUCGCCUUAAAUAAAGGACCAACUUAUUGUUUAUAAUAAGAAUGCAAUACUGCACCAGCAUCUGGAGUUUCACUUCUUUAAAUUUCAUCGCAUGCAACGAUCUAAUAUUUUGAUUUCAAGUAGGAUACACUACUAAUAUGUACGCCUGAAAUGGUAUAAUAAUAACCACAUUACAUGUUUUCAUUGCUGGUCCGGUAUCAACCUAACGUUUUGUUUUCGUGGUAGGUUAGAACGAGCUACGCUUAGUAAGAUCAAACUUACCAGGAUGUAAUCCAGCGCAGCUCAUUCUCCAUCACGGUGACUCAUCCUCUUAAGAUUCAUUGUAAUGUUCCUCCUUAAACAUGAUAAUAAAGUAAAUAAUAAAUAAAAAGUCAGAAUCAGGCAUUAUACGUAAUUAUUCAUUCCCUUGAACCUGUACACCCUCAAAGUGUAAGUGUUUUUACUAAAAUAUGUACUUCAUCAAUAUAUGUGAUAUAUAACAUGUAUAGAUCAUUAUUAGUCGAUCAUAUAAUGUAUGUGCUUUGUAAAUAUUCAACAUGUAUCUAUGUUAUCAUACUUAUUUUUGUAUUGCAUUGUAAUUGCAAUGUUCCUCCUUAAACAUGAUAAUAAAACAUAUAUAUGAAGCAUGCAUUAUAGGUAAAUGUUAUAUUAUUUAUUAACUUUACCAUGUUAUCUUAAAUAUUGACUUCAUCUAUAUAUGUGAUAUCUAACAUGUAUAAAUCAGUAUUAGCCAGUCGUAAAAUGUAUGUGUUUAUUGAAAGCAUUGGUAAAUAUUGCAUUUUUUCUUCAAAAAAGAUCUAUCUGUCUCUCAUGGUGUCGACAAAUAAGUUCAGACUUAGUUCAUAUUAUGAUUACGUUCAUUUGAAGAUUAAACUAAAUCAUGAAUUGCCUAAACGAGGGGAAAUGGCAGGUUUUCUACGUGCAUAUAAACCUCGGCAUGCAUGUACGCUUAUUUUAAAUUACAAUUAAGUUGGAAAUUUAAAACUAUUUUACUAAUUUUUUGUUUUCUUAAAUUGCUUGGACGACUUUGAUUUCAAGUAUUCAGCACCGUUUAUAUUUUAACCAAAAAGCAUUUUGACAGAAUAAUAGGUAAGAAUUUUGAUAAGUUUUAACAUAUAAUUAAUUAUCAUAAUUGAGACAAAUCGCCAACCUUUUUUUUAAUUGAAGUUCCAUUAGAUUAGUAAGUCAUCCAGAUUGUUUGUAUUUACUUGUAUGGUACAUUAAAAUCCAAGAUUUCGUUUAUUUUGUAAUUGUUAAUUUGUUAAAUACUUUCACGUUUUCUCCUGCAAUUGCUAAUUUAAUUGUUUACUAUUAAUUUUGAAAGUGUUAACAUUAAACCUUAAAAACCUUAAAAAACGAUUUGAAUACUUUCCAUAUUAGUAAUCCACAGAUUUCAACAAUGAAAUUAUGUUUUUAUGACAACGAGCGGAAUGACACAGCAAUAGCACAAUAUAUAGAAAAUUGGUGCAUUGGUUUUAUUUUUGUUUUAUUAUUUUUUUUAUUUGUUUUAUUGUCACAUCUGAAUAUAAUUGUACAGGUAUUAUUGGUUUAUCCACUGAUUAGUUAACCAAAACGAUUUGAUUUGUUGUCUAAUAUAUAAAGACACAAGUUUUGUGUAUGUGUUAAUAUCAUGCUUAACGUUGUCCAGAUUAUGCAAACUGUAAUUUGCAAAACUGUUCUAUGUUAGUCUCUAUAACACUUAAUUUAUCUCAUUUCUGGCUAAUUGCACUGUCUGAAAGCCAGUAGUUUCAUCAACAAAUGUUAACAUUUGCAUUAACAUGUAUAAAAUAAGAAGUUUGACAAACAUGGGCUUUUAUUUAAUUUCGAAUACGGUUGUUUGAUCUGUAUUGCAUUUUGGAAUGUUUGAAGGCUUACUAAUCAUUUUUGAAGUUGUGGUACUACUAAGACAAUAUGUGAAGAAUAGUUACCCAUAUCAGCAAAUUACGCCUUAACUCUCUAAAAUGCAAGCCCGUCGUCACAGUAACACUUUGAACUAUUUUUUGGCACCACAAGUAGCAAACUAUAAAAAUUAACAAUAUCACAUGACUUUAUAUUAUGUAAUCAACACCAUAUGCAUUUUAACUACCAACAUAUGUAUAGUAUUACCCAGUUUUCUGUCGUUUCAUAAUUUAAUAAACGUAUUUCUGCGAAUAUGACUAUUAAAUUUGAGGGAUAACACUAUACAAAACUUCAUUUUUUAGAUACUUUAGUUUUUAAGUGUUUGCUUAUGUCGUUCAUUUCAAAGUACUUUUUAGCGCUUUAUUUUUUAUAAUUAAAGUAAUCAUAUUUCAAUUAUUUCAAUUUUUGAAAUAUAUAUAUAUUUAUAUAUAUAUGAAAAUAAAAAGAAUACAUCUUUAAUUCAAAAAUAUAUGAAGAACAUAUUUUGUUGUAAACUAUAGGGCGUAGUAAACAGGACACGUGUUAUGCUUAUCAUUGUGUAAUUGUUCAGUGUGGUAUAAACGUCCAUUAGCUGAACAAAGGCUAUAUCUAAUAUCUUAGUUAUAUAUCAACAAGAACUGUUUAGCGAGAUAUGUGAAUACCAUACUGUAUUAAAUGUGUUUACAGGCAUUCGUACAACCUGUCUUUUAUUGUCUUUUUGUUUAUCUUACUUUAUUUGUUAAUAAGUUUGGGCUUACAAAAAAGUGUUUCCAAACUAUUGUUUCAAAAAGCACAUUUUAAAUGGUCCUUUAUCAAUGAAUAUUUUGUUAAUUCUUCUGACAAAUAUGUGAGUACCAUGCUCUUGUUUCUGCCCCUAUACCGGAAAGGUAAUAAUAUAGAUUAUUAUUUUAGACUAUUUCGCAAUACAUGUGUGUGUAACAUCACACGAUCAAAUGACUUACUUUGUUUAGUUCGAUUCCCUACUACCGACAAUUUUAUUAUUGUGUGUGAUUCCUGAAGAACAACAACUCUAUUUGG